CGCACGCACGCACGCACGGUCUAUUAGGAAUCACUUCGACCCAUUCUGUAGCUCGGUACCGACAUCACUACGCCACACAAAGACCGCACGGGAUGUGCUGUGACACCAGGACCUGCACCGGUAUCUAUGCGGUUUUUGCAUGUUUUCAAAAUGCAGUGAUGAUUUUCUUUGUAGCGUUGAACCAAUCAGGGUAUCAGAGUAAAUAUCUCUAUUACGUGGAACUUGUGUACCUCACAAUCACAUUAAUCAUGCAUUUCAUCCUGUUCGUGGCAACAGUGACUCUCAAUAAAAAACUCAUGGGAAUCUUCAUCACGUACUUGAAGAUAUGCGUCAUUAUCCUGGUGUUCUUUCUCAUAUUCGACGUCUCAUGGUAUAUGAACAGGCGCAACGCUACGAAAGGUGAAAAACGAAUGGCCGGGAUGACAGACAACGAAUACCCUCUCCUCAAGCAUUUUCAAGAUGGCUACCUGCAAAAAAUUGUGUCCACUCUCAACGAGGAGCAUUUUGUGCCUGGCUUCAAGGUGCGGCGCAGACACCGUCGCACACACGAAGAGGAUAGAAGACACAAUGCGGAUAUAUCUGUUUUCAAGAGCGAAUUUACAUUUGGCAACCACGUCAUCAGUUUUGUUCUAAACGUGUACUGGAUCUGGAGUUUGAAUAAAUAUUACGAUACGAUGGAAGAAAAAAAGUGACCUGACCAGCAGCAGACGUUGAGAAUUAAACUGCUCUCAUGCCUGC